CUGGAGUGGAGAUAACCUCUAAUUCCUGCACUUUUUCAAAGAUACAGAGAGGCUUUUACUAGAGAUGGUUCUUAGAGAUGCAUCUGCUAGCUAUCUUCAUGUGUCUGGCGGUGGUGCUGCACCAAUCUGUUGGACAGAGACCUGCUUUGGGUUUUACUGCUUUGUCUCUUUCUACUGCGGAUAACCGCAAGGUGAUUGUUGACAAGUACAAUGACUUAAGGAGGAACGUGAGCCCAACUGCUAGCAACAUGCUGAAGAUGGAAUGGGACCCUGACGUGGCAGCUAGUGCUCAGAGAUGGGCAAGUAAGUGUCAAAACACCAUCAGCCCUGAAGAAGAGACGACUGUGAACGGUGUCCGCUGCGGGGAAACUAUACUGCAAUCAUCUAAGCCUGCAUCGUGGAGCGCUGUGAUCCAAUAUUGGUAUGAUCGUGUGAAAUAUUUCAAGUAUGGGGUUGGAGGAACUGAUGAAAAUGAAAGCUUUAAUACCUAUACUCAGGUAGUCUGGUAUAGUUCUUACCAGAUCGGAUGCUCGGUUGCUUAUUGUCCUAACGAUCAGUUUAAUUACUUCUACGUUUGCCAGUACUGUCCUGCAGGGAAUAUUGUAGAGCACUUAGCUACGCCUUACAAAGAGGGACCAAAAUGUGGUGAUUGUCCGGAUGCAUGUGAAAAUGGACUUUGCACCAACCCUUGCAGGUUCCGCGAUGCAGACUCAGACUGCAGCACCUUAAAAGAGCUGUUUGGUUGCAAUGAUAUGGUGAAAGAAAAGUGUCCAGCUACCUGCAAAUGCACCACUGAAAUAAAAUAAUAUUCUGCGGCAUCACUUGGUCUUCCUUGUGACCAUGUUAUUUAGAAAAGAACAGAAUGGAGGAUUUAAGAAAUCCAUUCCCAAUGUUUUUGGCAUACAUUGAACUCUGGGUAAAACUAUAAUGACGAUACGCUUAUAUAUUAGUCCUUAAGCAUGUCCAUCAAUUGCAAUUACUACUGCAGUAACUUUAGAUGCAAUAAUAAUCAAGUUUUAGCUAGUAAUGGGCAUAUGCUUCCCUAUUCCCAAUAACAGAAUUCCCAAAGAUUUUCCAAGUCCUUAAACACUUUACUUUCCAUCCUGCAUAUUGGAUUCCAGUUAACUUUCUUGGUGACCUUUUCCUUGCUUAUGAAAUGAAUGCAAUCCUGUGCAAUAAAUGUUUGGUUCAACUCUA